UCACUGACGCCGCCACAUCCCGCUCGCCGCCGCCGACCCAUGGAGCCGCCGCGGGGAACCAAGCGGCCGCUCCCCGCCGACGCCAGCGGCGGGGUAGACGACGACGACGACAAUGACGGCGCGCUUCCCGGGGAGCGCAAGCCGCGGUUCCCCAAGGGGAAGAAGGCCAAGUACCGCGACCCUGCCGCGGCCGCCGCCGCGGAGGGCAUCGACGGCCUGAUAAACCCCGAGCUCGCGGCGGAGCGGCGCGCGCGGCGACGCCACCGCAAGGAGGAUGAUGACCAGCAGGGAGCCGCCGCUGACGUCAGGGGAUUUGAAGUGCGCUACGAGGAUAGUGCAAAUUUGGUCGAUGAUGGUAUUCGACUAGAGCCUUUCAACUUGGAACAAGAGAGGGAAGAAGGAUAUUUUGAUGAAAACGGGAACUUUGUGGAGUAUGCAAGGGGCAACGACAUCAAGGAUGCCUGGUUGGAUAGUGUCGAAGUUGACACAAAGUAUGCUGAAAAGGUUCAGAAGAAGAAAGAGAAAGAGAAAGAAGAGGAGUUCCAGGAUCUUUCAACCGAUGACAUUGGAAAGAUAAAAAGAAGAAUUGCAAACAUACUUGAGCCAGGCGAAACGAUAAUACGGGCUUUGAAAAGAUUAAAGAAUACAUCCAGUGAUAAGCGUGGAAAGAUGACUGAGGGGACCAAGCGUAUCUUUGAUGAGCUGACAGAAGCGGCCAUGAAGCUGAUGGAGAACGGAGAGUACAAUGUUUAUUCAGAUGAUCGGGAGACUUUCGAACGUGAGGCUGCGGGGUAUGAACGUCUGGCACGUGCUCGUCUUGGUCUACCAGAAGCUGAAGAAGAUAUCUUUGCAGACAGUCCAAAAGAUAAAACCACUUCAUUGUUACUAGAUAUGGAGCCUGGUCCUUCAGCUGCUAAUACCUCUACAACUGCCACCGCAUCUAAGGAAGAUGACGAUGACUUUGAUAUGUUUGGUGACGAUGAUGACAAAACUGAUGCCAAUCGUGAUUCUGAUGCAAAUGCUGUAGGUUCAGGUUCCAAUCCUGAACAAGUACCUCAUGAUUCUAAUGAAACUUCAGGUGCAGAGAAAGGUGAUAAUGGAAGUGUGAGCUCAGAUUAUAUUUAUGAUCCAACUUCAGGUUAUUACUAUAGCAGUAGCACGGGCUAUUACUACGAUUCUACAUCUGGAUGUUAUUGCUCUGCAUCUACAGGAAUAUGGUACUCAUACGACGAACAAACCAGUGAAUACAAAGAGACGCAGUCUGAACAAUCCAGCACGGCCAAAGAAACACCGGGAGAUGGCAUCAAGGAGUAGGCCAAGUACCUAACGGUCGCCUCUCUCAAGUUAGGUUGUUUAAACAGUUGGAUGCAGAUUCAGUUUUUAGGUAGAAAGGGGGGCAUUUGAAGCUCACUUUUGUUUGUACAAGUACGGGGAGAAUGAAAGGGGAGGGUUGUCUUACUACAUAGGAUUUUAUAUAGAGCAGAGUGAUGCGCUGAGCGCUUUAUUUACACUUACACUUACGUUCACUUGUUUAUUUUGCAUUGCCCCAUGGUCCAUAUCCCCCAGUGCCCAUGGAUAUGUACAGACCUGUGACAUGUAAUUCCCCCCGUCUCCAUUGGCAUAACAAGAUGAGAAUAUGAUAUCAGAACGAGGUAUCUGUUGUUAUAAGCUAAAUAGUUCCUGCUUUUAGUUGAAUUCUACUGCAUCUGUU